UCUUAGGUGGUCCGCUGGGCGCGAUGAUUGGUGGAUACAACGAAGAGGAUUGGCUCUACCAGGAGAUCUUCUCCAAAGAUCCCAACGAAGCGAUCCAGGAGGCCUUCGACCUGCUGGGAUUCCCGGGCUCUGGGGAUUGGUCCAGCUACAUGGUCGAGGAGAUCUCGUUGGCCUAUCGCCGGCAGUGCCUGCGGGGCCACCCCUCGCGGGGGGGCUCCGCGAGGAACUACCUGAAGCUGCAGGCGGCGAUGGAGUUGAUCCGCGCCUUUGGCCACGAGACCAGCGAGGAGGAGGCCAUGUCGCCCCGGAAGCGGACCUUCGUGCUGGACGACUUGGCGUUGGUACGGGAGUUGGAGCUCAGCAACUCGGAGGCCGCCAUGGAGGCGGACCGCCUGCCGGUGGCAAGGCUCGAGGAGUUGAACCGGGCCUUGGACGAGUACAUCCUCCGACAGAUGUGCUUCAAGAGCGAGAUCGUGGCGGAGAUCGCCCGGCUCCACGAGAACUCCGCCUACUCCAUCCUGGGCGUCGCCCCUGACGCCUCCGACGCCGAAAUCAAAAAGGCCUAUCGACUGGUGGCCAUGCAAUGCCAUCCAGAUAAAGGUGGCGAUAAGGCCGAAUUCCAAGAGCUCCACGAGGCUUAUGAGAAGAUCAUGGAGCAGCGCCGUAGCUCCGCGAACCUGGCGAAGUCAGGUGGAGGUCCCAUGCCCUCGAGCGACGAGGAGGUCGAACCGGUGGAUCCGAAGCCGAAAGCUCCGGAGGAGGACGCGGAGGCCUCUCCGGACGACGCGGCCUCCGCCGAUGGCGAAGCAGCGUCGGACGAGGCGGAUGCAAAGAAGGACGAGCGCGGAGAAGAGGACGCCACCGACGCGCAGCUGUUGGCCAAGUCCUCCAAGGCGGCCGAGGAAGCCUCGCGCUACGCCAAGACCGCGGCGGACUUCGCCCACCAGGCCGCCGAAGCGGCGGAGACCGCGCGCAGCGGCCGCGACACGCACCGCGACGCGCUGCCGCUGACGAAGUCCAUCGCACACAGCGCCAUUGUCCUGACCCUCACGGUGGUCAAGGCCGUGCGGGUCGUGGGCUAUGCCACUAUGGACGUGGCUGCACAGUGCCGGUUGGCCGCCAGGAAGUUCACGGCGGAGAGCUGCGCCGACUGCUCGACGGAGGCGAUGACCUUGGGCUUGGAGGCGCUCAACGCGGCGCUCAGCUGUGCAGAGGUCACCGAGGUCACUGCGGCGGAGCUGAGCCGCGACAGCGACGACGUUGAGGAGGUCUUGGCCGAGCGCUUCCUGGGCGCGGCGGUCCGCGCCUCCUUGGCCGCAGCCAGUGCUUCCAACGCCGCCAUGAGCGCUGCCAUCGCCGCGGUGGAGGGCAAUCGCCAGUGCAUCCAGGCUGCACAGCCACCAGAGGGCGCCAAGCCCCAGGAGAACGCCGAGGCCGAGGAGAAGUCCGUACAGUCGGAGGAUGAGUCGGCGAGGUCGGAGUCCACCUCCGAGCCGGGCGACGCGGAGCCCGCGGGCGCCCGCGCGGGUGCCCGCGCGGAGACCGCCGAGGAGGCGGCGCUGAAGAGGCAGAUCACCCAGAGGAACAACAACCACAAGGUGCUGCAGCGGCUCAACGCUGAAAUCCUCACGCACCAGCAGAACGUGAGACAGUUCCUGCAGGCGAACCGACAGCUGAUCCCAGAGGUCUCCUGCGAAGCCAAGGGAAAGGUUCAGAUGUUGCUCCGCGACUACGCGCACGAGGUGCAGCUGGAGCUGGAGCAGUUCGACCAGUACUCCAACUUGGCUGAGGAUCUUCCUUUGGCACUGAAGCAGUCCGGUCUUUUAGCGCCGUUGCUUCAGCGACAAGUACUGGCGAUCCCUGUUUGUCCCAAGGCACGCGUCUUAAAGAUGGCGGCGCUCUACGAUUUGCAGAUGACCUUCCAGGUCCUUGAGCAGGAGAUCUUCUCCUUCGCGCGGCGGCGGAUGACCGAGGGCGCCGUGGAUCUCGAGCCCUUGGAGGUGGUCAUCGAGAAAGUGCACAAGGAGCUUCAGAGCUACACGGAUGGUGCUGCUUGAUCCAAGCAGGGGGAGAAGUAUGGCGUUUUUCUCACAGUCACGAAGAAGAUCUGAGCGGACUUUUUCAUGUCAAUGCAUCGGUUCCUUUUUAAAAACUUGAUCGGUCGAUGCAUAGGUCGACGCUUGUCG